GUGCCCUCAUCCAAGAUGGCGGCGCCGACCCUCCCGCGGCCGCCAUGUUGGGUCCGGGCGGCCGGCGGGGCGGUGGCGGCGGGCCUGGCCGCGGCCUGGCUGCUGGGCCGGCCGGCCGGGCCCCGCCUGCUGAGGCCGGCCGAGCUGGGCCAAUACCGGGGCGGCGGCCGGGCCCCGGGGCUCUUCCUCGCCGUGCUGGGCCGCGUCUUCGACGUGCUCCCCGGCGGCGGCCACUACGGGCCCGGCCGGCCCUACAGCCACUUCGCAGGCCGUGAUGCCUCACGAGCGUUCGUCACCGGGGACUUCAGUGAAACGGGCCUGGUGGAUGAUGUGUCCGACCUGUCGCCUGCCCAGAUGCUGACGCUGCACAACUGGCUCUUGUUCUACGAGAAGAACUACGAGUUUGUCGGGAAGCUGGUCGGGAGGUUCUACGGGGAGGACGGCGAGCCCACGCAGGCCCUGGUGCUCGCCGAGGCCGCCAUCGCCGAAGGGCUCCGGGCCCGGGCCCGGGACGACGAGCUGAAGCGCCAGUUCCCGCCGUGCAACUCGGAGUGGAGCGCCGCCGGCGGCAGCCGGUUCUGGUGCUCCAGGCAGAGCGGGGGCGUGAGCAGGGACUGGGUUGGCGUCCCUCGCCGGCUGUACCAGCCCGGCCCCACGGGCCCCCAGUGCGUCUGCGUGCGGCCCACGGGGCCCCCCUCCGACCGGCGGGCGGAGGCGGAGGACCGCGGCCGAGGAGACCUGGACCACCCGAGCCUGCAGGAGUUCGAGGGCUGCGCCCCCCUAGCCGCCGCCUGCGUCCCGCGGGGCUGAGCUGGACGCCGGGGGCCCCGCGUCACCCCUCACCGGAUCGGGGACCCCGCGUCACCCCUCGCCCGAAGGGGGGCUGGACAGGAGCGGGGGAAGCCGGGCCCUGGGACCGCACCGCUUCUGGGCAUCGUGCUGACCUGAGCACCCGGGAGGCCCCACCCUCCCUCGCGCAAGCACUUCCAGUCUGGGAACAUUCCAACCGUUCAAAUAAAAGACAUUUCAUCAUCCUC